GAUUGGAGAAUGUUUUGAUUUUCAAAAUCAACAGCUUCAUUUUCAUUAUUCUAAAACUUUCUUUCUUUCUCUUUGGUUGUUGAAAAUGAGGAGUAAUCGAGUGAAGGAAGAGGAUAGAAUUGAAAGAACAAUUCAGAGCCUUCUCAAACUUCCUGAGAAUCGCAAGUGCAUCAAUUGUAAUAAUUUGGGACCACAAUAUGUUUGCACAACUUUCUCCACAUUUGUCUGCACCAAUUGUAGUGGAGUGCAUCGCGAGUUUACUCAUCGGGUAAAAUCACUAUCAGUGGCGAAAUUUACUGCUGAAGAAGUUUGUGCACUUCAGGCUGGUGGGAAUGAGCGAGCAAAGCAAAUAUAUUUCAAAGGUUGGGAUUCUCAUCGUGAUUCCUUUCCUGAUGGAAGUAACAUUCAUCAUCUUCGAGAUUUUAUCAAGCAUGUAUACUUGGAUAGGAAAUAUACUUCAGAAAAGAGUACUAGACUACCAAGGCUUAGAUUGAGUGACAAACAUAGCUCAAGUGAAAGUAGGAAGGUUAAUAAUUGUGGUGCUGAAUUCAAGAGUUGUCAUGAUGAGGACAAGUUUGAACAAACUUAUGCUGAAAAAUCUAAUCAUUUAGGAAAAUGUGAUGAGAGAAAUAUUAGGUAUUACUAUGAUGAAAGUCGAAGUCCUCGAUACUCGAGAGAAAAUUCAAGACAUGGAGGUUAUAGAAGGAGUCCUGUGCGGUUUGAGAUUGUUGAUGACAGGUUCAGGGAUGAGGGAUUUGGAAGCCGUAGGUUUUCGCCUAGCGAUUCAAAGUUACUGAAUAGAAAGGGGACCGCGCAUAGUUCUUGCUCGCCGGUUGCACGUCCUAUAAAAGAGAUAUUAGGAGAGAAUGUUCCUACUCUACAUGUUGGUGAGAAAGUGAAAGAAAGUAAUAAGAAUCAUGUUGAUAGUUCUGCUAAAAAUCAAGAAUCCAAGCCAAUGGAGCAAGAAAUUGGAAACUCACAAAACUUGAUUGAUUUUAGUACCGAAUUCGAAAACCCGGAACAAACUCAACAAACAUCUUCACUCAUCAGUGGUAGUAGUAGCUUGCCAACAUUUGAAACAUCAGGAAAAGAGAAUCCAUCAAAGACUCCAAGUGAAAACACUUUGGAAAGUUUAUUAUUUGGUUUGUCAACUGAUGAUGUCUCAUUACAAACACCUAACAACAAUGAUAUUCUCUCAACAAACAAUACUCCAAAUCACUCUUCUAAUGAUGAUCUACAACUAGCUGCUAAUAACAACAGUUGCGCCGAUACCGAAGUAACCGAAAAAUGGCCAUUUGAGAGUAUGUUGCAGCAUCAACCUUCUUCAUUGCUUGUUCCAGGAAGUGACUCUAUUUCACAGCAGGCUAUGCUAUCAAAUGAAGAUUCAAACAAUGAGUCUAGUGUUUCACCAUUUCCAUGUAAUGCACAACAAGCUUUAACUGUUAGUGUUGAACAAUCAUCCCAAGCUUUACCAAGAACACUUGAGGAUGCCACCAAUGUAGUUGAAAACCAACUUGUCCAAACAAGUUGUGGAGUUAGAAAGGAAUUACCAGAGGAUCUUUUUACCGCAAGCUACUCGGUAAUGCCUACACCAGUUUCGGGCUGGCAAACUCGUCCGCCUCAUGUUAUGGAUUUCAAUUAUUUCCAUAACACAACGCCUAUACAAUCAGCAAAAUCAACCAAUCCAUUCGAUAUCAUUGAUGAAGGAAAUGAGUUGAAGACACAUGAUCAAUUAACAAUCACCAAUGAUUUUAUGAUGCCUCCUCCACAGUCACACUACAUUGAUUCUGCCUUAUCUCCUUGGCAACGAGUGCAUAAUAAUAUACAAUCUGCCGGACCACAAGGAAUUGGUAGCUUUGGAGUUGGGGGAUCGACCCUUGUUGGCUCUAUAAACACAACUCAACAACCAAAUGUUGAAAAUGCUCCACAAUCUUCUUUUAUAGGAAGAAACCCAUUUGGCUAGAUAUUUUGUAAUUGUGUAAUUUUACUAUUUGUAUUGAUAAACACUUCAAAUGGAAAUUUGUCCUAUCAUGACUACUUACCAAUUAAUAUUAAAUUUUACUUUGAUUUUAUUAA